UGCGGCGGCGCGCGUCUCUGGCGGCCAGUCGGGUCUGGCCGAAGAAGUGACCGGAAGUGCCGCCGCGGCCCCCCCCAGGAGACGCGGAAGUGGACGGCGGACGCGGCAGACAGGAGAAGAGGUGGAGCGAGACCUCCAGGGGACCAGGCUGAGAGCACGAUGCCCUCCGAAGCGACAGAAGGGCUGGAAGAGCCCGAGAACCUCUCCUAUGAGGAUCUGGAAGAAGACGACAAUGUCAGCCCCACGGACCUGUCCGAGCUGCUGAAGGAAGGGACCAAAGAGUCGCACGACCAGGCCGAGAACACUCAGUUCGUCAAGGACUUCCUGAAAGGGAAGAUCAAGAGGGAGCUUUUCAAGUUGGGGACGGUGGCUCUCUACUACACGUACUCCGCUCUGGAGGAGGAGAUGGAGCGGAACAAGGACCACCCGGCGUUCGCGCCCCUCUACUUCCCGCUCGAGCUGCACCGGAAGGAGUCCCUGGAGAAGGACCUGGAGUACUUCUACGGGGAAGGCUGGCCGGGCAAGAUCCAGUGCUCGGAGGUGGCCCAGCGCUACGUGGACCGGAUCCACCACGUCGGGCAGCACGAGCCGGAGCUCCUGGUGGCCCACGCCUACACCCGCUACAUGGGGGACCUCUCUGGGGGGCAGGUGCUGAAGAAGGUGGCCCAGCGGUCCUUGAAGCUGCCCGCCACCGGCGAAGGGGUCCAGUUCUACGUCUUCGCGCACAUCUCCAGCCCCCAGCAGUUCAAGCAGUUCUACCGCGCCCGGCUGAACGCCCUGGACCUGGACGCGGGGACCAAGGAGCGGAUCGUCCAGGAGGCCAACAAGGCCUUUGAGUUCAACAUGCAGGUCUUCGAUGAGCUGGACAAGAUCGGGGCCCUGCUGCCGGAGGAAGUCCAAGACGGCGGCCUCCCCCUGCACGACGGGAGAGGGGACCCACGCCAGUGCCCCUACUACGCCGCCAAGCUCGGCGGCAGCGGGGCCUCCGGGUGCCCCUUCCACCUCGCCCUGGCCAUGCUGAAGCAGCCUCCCGUCCAGCUGGCUGUGGCCGCCUGCCUGGCCGUCAUGGCCGGGGUGGCCGCCUGGUACGUGAUGUGAGGCGCCCGCGAAAGAGGACCUCUGUGCUCACCGGGCAGGACUGCGCCUCCUUCCCUCCUUCCUCCCUUCCUUCCCUCCCUCCCACGGGGACUAUUAAGGGACUAUUAAAAACCCAAUGCACCACAAAGCGAGCACCUGACUCUUGCGUCUGAGGGAGGGACCCCUGAACGGUUAGCUAGCCACGGCGGCCCCCCAAUCCCUCCCCUCCGGGGGGCUGCUGUGUUUCCAUUGCCGAAGCCGCUCCUCAUGCUGGGGAGAGCCGCUCACUCACUCAUCACUGGACCUUUUGGUUUGGUCUGCCUCAGCUGUCUGCUGGGGGGACGACACGGGGAGGCAGCCCCCCCCAUCCCUGUCCCCGCCUCACGCCUCCCCUUGGCCGUCCUGAGUAGCUUCGGGGGGGGGGGGACUGACGUGGCAGGUGUACAUAGGGGAGAGAACCGAACCACUUAGUGGUCCUGUAACGUAUGGAUUGUGACGGGGCCUCUGCGUAAUAAAAUUUAUUAU